GCCCCGGGGGCGGGGCAGACGGCAAGAUCACACCCCCGCGCCGCCACCUGCCCAUUCUCGGCCAAGAUGGCGCUGGCGUCGGGAGUGCGCUUCCCCGCGCGCGCCCUGCUCCGUCCGUGGUCGCUGCUCCGAGACACGACCCUUGGGCGCUCGGAGCCGGCGGCCAGCGGCGGCGGCGGUGGCGGGGACGGCGCGCGGCUCUUCGGAAGCCAGAGAGUGCUGGUGGAGCCGGACGCGGCCUCAGGGGUAGCCGUGAUGAAGUUCAGGAAUCCCCCAGUAAACUCCCUCAGCCUGGAGCUGCUGACGGAGCUGGUCAUCAGCCUGGAGAAGCUGGAGAACGACAAGACCGUCCGCGGCGUCAUCCUAACUUCCGACUGCCCCAGGGUCUUCUCCGCCGGCCUGGACCUGACGGAGAUGUGCGGGAGGAACCCAGCUCACUACGCCGAGUACUGGAAGGCCGUGCAGGAGCUGUGGCUGCGGACGUACCUGUCCAGCCUGGUGCUGGUUGCUGCCAUCAACGGAGCCUGCCCCGCGGGGGGCUGUGUCAUCGCCCUCGCCUGUGACUGCCGGGUCCUGGCUGACAACCCCAAGUACCACAUAGGGUUGAACGAGACCCUGCUGGGCAUCACCGCCCCCUUCUGGCUCAAAGACACAUACGUGAACACCAUCGGGCACCGCGCCUCGGAGCAGGCCCUGCAGCUGGGGUCACUCUUCCCACCGUCAGAGGCCCUCCAGGUGGGCCUGGUGGACCAGGUGGUGCCGGAGGACCAAGUGCUGAGCACGGCACUCUCAGAGAUGGCCCGGUGGCUGGCCGUCCCAGAUCACGCACGCCAGCUGACCAAGAACAUGAUGCGAAAGGCCACCGCAGACCGCCUGCUGAGGCAGCGCGACGCCGACAUCCAGAACUUUGUCAGCUUCAUCUGCAGAGACUCCAUCCAGAAGUCGUUGCAGGUGUACUUUGAGAAGCUCCAACAGAGGAAAGGCUGAGGGCAGGGCUGCCUGCCGGGGUUUUGGCUGAACCCACCCUUCUGGGCACUGUGGCUCUAGAGGACUUAAGUCAGGUCUUUGCCCAUUUAAAAUUACUUCCAGCUCUUUGGCCCAUCUCCCUAGAAGGCCCUGAUCCUCACAGUCACAGUCCCAAGACCUGCUGCCACUCCCAGGUGCCCUUCGUGCCUGGCGGGUAGGCAGGGGUACAGCUGGCAAGCAGUGUCUUGACUGGGGAUAAUAAACUGGCAGGCGGGCCCCUCCUGGACCUUGGCGACGUCA